UGGUUACUUAUUUAAAAAUAUUGGCGCUACAUUCGGAGCUCGAAAAGUGAUACGUUUAAACGAUGGUUAAAGAACAGGAUUUAAGGGUGAAACUGUCGUCCAAAAAUAUGGUUGUGGACCAAAUUAUAAAAUGUAAAGAACUGUUAAGUAGAUCAUUAGAUUCUCAAACAGGGAUACCCAAAGAGUCAAAGGAACUUUUGGUGCAAGAGUUGUUGACAAACUUCGAGAAUGCCGUUCAGGACAACGUAUUAAUCAACGGCCAGUCGUGGGAGGAUGCUCUAGACGAUGGCGAAAAUGACAACCUCCUGGAUGAGAGCAUCGUGGAGACUGCCAGGCGACGUCGCGAAUACCCCCAAGCGAUAGUUCCGUACGUGGUGCGCACCCUGAAAGCUGAGAGGAAACUAAUGGGGAUGUUUGAGCAGGCGGUGCCACAGGAGCUGGAGAAAGACCCAGUCCAAGAGCGCAUCAUGUCUGAUCUGUCAGGUGCUGCACAACGGAUGUUCAAACAAGCCAGCUCGAUGGUGAAGUCUCAACAGGUCUUGCAGCAGAGAGCUGAGGGGCUGAGGCAGGUGUUGAACGUCAGACCCACUCCCGCCUCGCUGGAGGUUCACCGAGAAGUGUUCUCGAUCGGCCUGUCCAACGGAGAAGUCGUGACAAAACCUCCGCCCCUUCCCCCGGGAAGAGCCUUCAAGAGACCAGUGGGCGAGGCCGAUGUACGGGCCUGUUACUCUCUUCCGCAGAAAAAACUGCUGGUUGCCGUCAGAAAGCCUGAUUGACAGGCAGAUUAUUGAGCUGUAUGGACUGUUGUAUGUGUGUUUUUUAUAAGACCCCGAAAGAUGUUCUGUGAUGCGUUCUGCUUCGUGCACUUUGUCGACGAGGCUGUGGCGCCCUCGCAUGGCGGAUGAUGCGUAACGACACUUAAAAUUGUUAAAUAUGCAGAUAAAGAAAUUGGCUUUUGAUUUGUAUGCUAUGAAACUGUGCCGUUGUGUUUAAAAGAAAAACAAUGAAAGAAAGAAAUGUUCUAUGGAGUAAUAGAACAAUGAUCCACGAAGGCCGUAGGGAUGGGGUCAACAUUGGGGGGGACGAAAUCUGCUGGGGAGUCUGAGGGUCCCCCCCGUGAAAGGUUUAAAUAAAAAAUGGUUGUCACAGAAAUAUUCUGGUCCAGGCCAUUGCAAAAUGUUCUCACUAUUAUAGGAAUAUUUUGCUAGCUAAUAUUACUACUCGCGCUAUCUACUGCCUCGCUCUUCAUGCUUUCUCCCAUCUAUUCGUGCUCUCCCCCUUGCUCUUCGCGCACUCUCAUCCUUACCAACCAGUGCGACUGUGCGAGCUUACACCUCCCGUACAGAACACCGGUAUCAGUUAUACUAGUAGUUAUAAAAUAGCAAUUAUAACUUUAAGUUAUAAAUAUGUCUUUUUAUAGAUCUUUUUUGGACAGCAUGCGCGAUUUCCUGUCGUUGCGUAGGCCCUACGUAGCACAUUUAUAUUUUAUUUAUAUUUUUAUAUCAACAUAUUGGGGGGGACAUUUUGACCAGAUUUGAAUAUUGGGGGGUCCCCCCAAUGAUUACGGCCCUGAUCCACGUUGACGCAGCAUUUAAAAAAACGGGGGGGGGG